CUUCCCUCAGUAACCAGAGUAGAUGUCAAACCUGGCAGACAAACGUGGCACAAUGCCUCGUUUUACUGUACAUGUAAGAGAUGAGUGGCUGACCGUGCCCUGUAAGGAUACGUCCUGCACCAUACAGUGGCUAGGAGUGGAGGCUCUCAAGCGCUAUGUCAAGAACAAGCCUGAUAAUGGAGGGUUCCCUCAUGUCAAAGAGGUGUGCUUUGUGGCCAGGAGGUGUCAGGGACAAGGACUGUUGGAUGCUGAUGAUACGAUAGAUGACGUCUUGGAGGACAAUGACUUUGUUGAGCUCGAGAUCAAAGGAGACACCAUGUCUUCUGACUUCAUUCCUAGCCAACCUGGAAUGUCAUAUCUAACAAGAGCCUACAGAGAGCCGGAGGAGUACCUUUUCCUAGAUGGCAACAGUCUGAAUUCCACUGACCUAGUCAACCUAGGAAGAGGCCGUUACAAGAUUAAGUUGUCCCCUGAGGCUGAGAGAAAAGUAGAGCAGUCUAGAGAACUUCUGGACACCAUAGUGAAAGAAAAAAAAGUUGUGUAUGGGAUCACCACCGGAUUCGGGAAGUUCGCUCGGACCGUCAUCCCGAUCGGCAAACUCAAGGAACUACAGGAGAAUCUUAUUCGCUCACACUCAGCAGGUGUGGGCAGCCCUCUGAGCCCUGAGAGAACUCGCAUGUUGCUGGCUCUCAGAAUAAACGUCCUGGCUAAAGGAUACAGCGGGAUCUCUCUGGAAACCCUGCACAGUAUGAUACAGGCAUUCAACGCGUCCUGUUUGUCUUUCGUUCCUGAGAAAGGAACAGUGGGGGCCAGUGGAGACCUCGCUCCUCUCUCACACUUAGCUCUGGGGCUGAUGGGAGAAGGGAAAAUGUGGUCACCUAAGAGUGGGUGGGCUGAUGCAAAAUAUGUGUUAGAAGCACACGGACUGAAGCCUAUAUCGCUGAAACCAAAAGAGGGUCUGGCACUGAUUAAUGGGACACAGAUGAUCACCUCAAUGGGUGCAGAGGCUGUAGAGAGGGCAGAGUCCAUCGCCAGACAGGCCGAUAUCAUUGCUGCACUCACCCUGGAGGUCCUAAAGGGGACCACGAAAGCAUUUGACAGUGACAUCCAUGAGCUGCGCCCCCACCCCGGACAGAAAGAGGUGGCCUUGCGUUUCCGUGCUCUUCUGGACUCUGAUCACCACCCGUCUGAGAUUGCAGAAAGCCAUAGGUUUUGCGACCGUGUCCAGGAUGCCUACACCAUGCGCUGCUGUCCCCAGGUCCAUGGCAUCGUCAAUGAUACGAUUGCUUUUGUGAAAAAUAUCAUAAAUACAGAAAUUAACAGUGCUACGGAUAAUCCUAUGGUAUUUGCAGAAAGGGGAGAGACCAUUUCAGGAGGAAACUUCCAUGGAGAGUAUCCAGCAAAGGCGCUAGAUUAUUUGUCCAUAGGAGUUCACGAGUUGGCGUCCAUCAGCGAGAGGCGUAUCGAGCGCCUGUGUAACCCGUCUCUCAGUGAGCUACCUGCGUUCCUGGUUAACGAAGGGGGGCUGAACUCAGGCUUUAUGAUUGCACACUGCACUGCAGCAGCUCUCGUUUCUGAAAAUAAGGUGCUGUGCCACCCCUCCUCAGUGGAUUCACUAUCCACCAGUGCGGCCACUGAAGAUCACGUGUCCAUGGGAGGAUGGGCUGCCAGGAAGGCUCUAAGACUGGUCGAACAUGUGGAGCAAGUGCUGGCUAUUGAAAUGCUAGCGGCUUGUCAGGGUAUCGAGUUCCUCCGGCCACUCCAUACCACAACGCCUUUGGAGAAGGUGUAUGACCUUGUUCGCUCUGUAGUCAAGCCGUGGAUAAAAGACAGGUUUAUGGCUGCAGAUAUAGAGACUGCCCAUCGGCUUCUCAUAGAACAGAAGGUGUGGAACGUCGCUAAACCGUACAUUGAGAAGUACUGUACAGAGCUCUUCCCCGAAUCACGUCCAUCCUCCCCAACUGCAUUCUCUCUGGAUUCACCACCAUCUCCGCAGAAACGAGUCCGAGUGGAGUGACCGAGAAAAUAUGUGAUAUAAGCCAUCAUUAUUUACACAAUGCUGAUGAAGGUGUUUAUUAGCCUGUGUACCAAUGUGCUGCAUAUAACUGAUUGUACUAGUACGUAUUAGGUCUCAAAUGUAAAUGUUUUUUUUUUUCCCCCACUACGAACAAUGCACUCAUUCUACAACCUUUGUGUCCAUAUGAAAUAAUUUGCUUAUCAUCACUGCUAGUAUUUGAGCUUAAGGGAAAAAAAAAAAAAAAAAAAAAGUUGUCAAGUUCUGAAAACAGACAAACUUUGAAUAAAAAGUAUUAUUAAAAAUAUAUAUAUCUUUUAAAAUUGAAGUGUAUUAAAAUGUAAAAAAACAUUUGGAAGAAAUGUUAGAUCAUCAUGCAGUGUGUAGUGUGUAAUGCUACCAGUUCAAAGAUUUUAAUUCUCGAUUUUAAAGAAAGGGAAGCCUGAUAAUAGAUGUGGGAAGAUUGUUUAGUUUUUUUUUUCUGGCAGAAUACUAAGCUGGGUUUGGUCCCUAAAACAACUUACUCAUCUUACAUCUGUUUCCUGUUUUUGCUGGACUGAACUAGCCGCAGGCACAUUUUAAUCAAUAUCUUUCUCUUCUCAUCAUCUUCUACUGAGGCAGUUUUAUUAACACUCCCUCAUUAUUAAUAACAUAUACCAGUAACCGAAACCAGGUAGUGAUAAUAAAAUUACCUCACUAAUUUAUGAAUGUCUGGACAUAAUAUAUAUAUAUAAAUAUAUAUUAUAUAUUUACAUUAUAUAACCUGAAGUUACACAUUUUGAUUACACACAUCCCUAGUAAUUUCUACAUUUUAUGUGUAUUUUAUUUGAUGUAAUAAGUGAAAGGAGGCUCAUUUAGUAACUAUAAUAAUAAUAAUAAUAAUAAUAAUAAUAAUAAUAAUAAUAAUAAUAAUAAUAAUAAUAAUAAUAACUAGCAGUGGUGUAGAGAGUAAAAGAUAAGGGGUCUGCUAUAUUGAUACACAGAGCAGGGAUGGCCUGUCAGACACAGCUGCUCUGUUCGUCUUAGGGAUGCUGAUCAGCACAACAGCCCCUCCUUCCUUAUUUCAAUUUCUUCCCAAAGGACAGAACAAAAGAAACAGAGGAUUAUUUUAAGAAAUACAGAACGGUUUGGGUUUGUUAUUGCCUUGCUGAGAAAUACGGUACUUCAUAAGGAUACUGGGAAAUACUCAACCAAGUAAGUUUCCAACAGAAACCAUCUAAAGUUAUCUAUAGAGGGUUUAUUUUUUGUUAGUUUUUUUCUUUUUUACAUUGAUCUCAAAUGUACACUGUAAUUGUUAACAUGUCAAAACUUGCAAUGCACAAAGUGUUGUGUUUUGUUUAUAUUGUAAUGAAAUGCCUCGAAUCUGUUCUGUUCAUUGUGGUGUAUUCGUCUUGCAUCAACACCAUGGAAAUCAAAUCAAAAUAAAAUGGCUUAAUAUAGA